ACACGCGCAGCACCUUCACCACGGUUUCUCUUACAUCCGAACUGUCGCCAGGGAAAAGGACGAUACGUCGCUACCAGAAUGCUGAGACGACCUCGCCCGGAGCAUGGAAGGAGUCCCGUGUCGCCUUCUGAGUCCCAAUCCGAAAUUACGACGAAUGCACCUUCGUCACGCAACAGCACGACUGGUGCACCAAGUGACAAGAGCGUUGAACAUGACUCCAGAGUAGCCCUUCGGGAGAUCAUCGACAGGACGCCACAGCAUCGCAGGAGGAGAGUAAAUGAAUGGGUCCGACCGCAGGUACUCAGUUCAGCUUGUCCAAAAUGGUUGGAUCUGGACUAUGCCGUCUCGCCCUUUCCUGAUGGAAGACGCCCAAGUGGGGAAACGUGCAGGUUCUCGACAAACUUCGCUAAUCUGGACUACUCCCCGUAUUAUGACGCGGAGGACGCACCGCAAUGCAAGCAAGGCAGUAGCAGUGCAAGUGUACCGGAUCAGAGUGACAGCGACAAGCGUGAGAGUCCGUCACAGAGCGUGCACGAAUUGACUGAGUCAAUCGCUUCAGAAGAAACGAGGCGGAACGAGAAAGGACCUAACGUGGUUCUUUUCGUCGUAGCGGCUGUUGCCAUGUGCGCCAUCGGCUUUUCCUCGUAUCACAUGUAUAGCUUGUACGCUGCCCCAAAACUUGAAUCCCCCAAAGUCUUCACCGCUCCCAUUCGCUACAAGAAAAUCGGUCUUGUGUCUGAAGCCACCAACGUGAGCACUCCAAACCGCCUAGAAGGUACGAAGAGAACGAAUAGUCUGCGUCACUUUUAUGCUCCUGGUGAUUUAUUAAGGGAUACUGAUAAUUCGUCAACUAGUUUGAACGAUGACGCACUUCCUGGCCUAACUCCCACGAAAGAUGAUUACGGACGGCAUGCCGGGGAAAGAGUCAGUGGUAUGACAUCGCGGAGUAACCAAGUAAGACCCAAGGCAACCGUACACUGGACGCCGACGAGAAGUUUAGAGCACGAAGUAUAUCCGCUGUCUACUGCGCGCGGGAAGUUAAGGAUCACCCGGAAAAGAAAAGGCAGGCACCACACCACACCCCACUCGAACAAAAAGCUGUCCUGCAAGACUAAAGCUUGUGAGCGCGAAUCGACCUAUCUCUCCACGUACCUGGACUGGAAUGUGGAUCCUUGUAAAAACUUCUACAACUUCGUUUGCAGCCGCUGGAAAAACUUGCACCCUGAUUUUGGAACCACAAUGGACACGCUUCUCGCUCAGAAAUACGAAACUGACCUGUAUCAUUUGAUUGUAAGGGGAGAAAGCAGUGCUCCCGACACUCUAAAGCUAGGACAGCUGAUCACGACCUGCGCGCGAAAGGCUUCGUACGAGACUUAUAGAACAGCGUUAUCAGAGUUCCUGCGAAGCUUUAGGCUGAAUGAAUGGCCAUUUGUGCGGGACACAAAGAAUUUGUUGAAUGUCUGGAAGUCUGCGAGUCUAUUACUGCGAGAUCUAGGUCUGGCUACAAUUGUGUCUGUGGCUGUCGCUGGGGAUCCAAACAGGGAAAACCGAUUUAUCAUUUCCGUUGGUGAGCCUAGCUUGUUGUUCGGCCAGUACGGAACAAAAGACAGCCGCUUACCCAACUGGUACAGCAAAGCUGUUAAGGAAACUCUGACCGUCGUCACUCGUGCGAAAAACACGGAAGUUUUGAAAGGGAUACUGUACUUUUCUGAAAAAUUGGCCGACGUUACAGUGAACCGAGGCUGCGAAACCCUAUCUACGCGCCGAUACAAGGUGGUAUACCUCAAGGAGUACAGCUAUCUCACGCAGUUGCUGACAUACGUCUUCCAGAACAUUUCCACUGUUCACGGCAGGACGAGAAUACUUGUCAAGUCCGAAACGUACCUUAAGUCAUUGCGGAAGGCCAUGCACUCGAGCAAGCCCAUUGACAUUCUAAAUUAUAUAGGCUUCCGUGCCAUCAUGCACAUAUCGCCGCUUCUUGAAGAUAAGACUAAGAAAAUCUCAACGAUACAGAUGAGGGAGCUUUCCGGAAUCUUGCAGCCUACUUGGCCGAGGUGGAGAAGGUGCUUACGAAUGUUCGAGCACGUCCUGCCUACCUUCUACUUACGAACAUUUGCGCGAAUGAACCAACAUAACACCAAUGAGGCCGUCAUAUGGGCGUCGAUCAGGGAGAUUCAAGCAGCAUUGGCUAAUGAUCUUAAUAGCGCGACAUGGAUGAGCAUUGACGACAAGGUCAUGCUGAAGAACAAGAUUGCGAAUAUCCAAAUGACAGGUUUCUCCAACGUUCUCGGUCAUCUGUCGUACCAACCUUCAGCAGCUAGGACGUGGCCGAUGCUAAACCACAGAAAUGCAAUCAGCAUUUACGUAUUGCUAGCUAAGGAAUACUUUAGACAGCAGCUCUCGAAAAUACUUCACACUCGAAAACACGUAGCCAGUGAGUGGAAGGGGUCUGUUUUCGAUACUGAACCUUCCUUCGAUGCGGAGUCGAAAGUUAUCUUCAUCCCUUCGAUCAUGUUUGACCAGCGUUAUCUGGUCGACAACGAAACUGCGCUUCUCCAAAUUCCACGGGUAACCACGAAACUUCUGGGCGCAUUGUUUCAAGCCAUGCACCAGUACAACUACCCCAAAGACAGGCUUACGUGGUCCGUAGAUACGUUGAUGGGCUACCACGACGUGCAGAAGUGCGUUCAGAAGCAUUAUGAACUGGAGUCGCAGCAGAAGAUACGCAACGGUGUCACUUCUGAACUGAACACCAUGAACAGCAUGUCGCUGCUUGUUGCACAAAAAUUUUUUUCUGAAGAAAGCGAACGAUAUCAACAUCGACAGUUAUGGUCUCCUCACAGGAAGGAACAUCACAGUGAACCAAUUGUUCUUUAUCUUGUACGCAAAGGGGUUCUGCCAGACGAUGGACGUAGAACGCACGAAGCAACUAGCCCUGGAGUCAGAGAAGAGCGUUAGUUUUCAACGUGUGAAUGGUCCCCUCCGUAAUUCGCUUCGUUUUUCAUCUUUCUGGGGAUGCGCCACAGAUGCACCGAUGAAUCCGAAAUCGAAGUGCCCCAUGUGGGCAUAGUGAGGACAUCAGCAAAAUGUUGGUCAGUAUAUGACGUAUGAUGUAGAGCUUCCUCUUCUGGUGAAAUUAAAAUAUCAACGAUAAUUGCUGCAA